UAUUACGACAUCAUCACAACUCAAAGUUGAUAAUGCAGCAGGCCCCAGCCGCAGACAGAAAUAAGCAGCCAAUAUUGGAGGCAUUGAUUGGUUGUCUGGGAGCGCCAGAUGUCUUCCAUGGUUAUGUCCUUGAAAUAGCAUCAGGCACUGGUCAACAUGUGACACAUUUUGCGCAGACGUUUCAAAAGGCUAUUUUUCAGCCCACUGAUUUUGACCCUGCUAACUUGACAAGCAUUGCUGCCUACAUUUCUCAUCACCAGCUGCAUAAUGUCCUACCUCCACAGCAUGUCGAUAUCACAUCUAGCGUCACCAGCUGGCCUGGUGAACACCAUCCUGAAGGCUGUGAUGUAAUUUACAAUGCCAAUAUGGUCCAUAUUUCACCCUGGCAAACAGCUAUCGGACUUUUUGAGGCUGCUAGCUACUUAUUGAAAAAGGAUGGCUUACUUAUAACAUAUGGGCCAUAUGCUGAAUAUGGAGUUUUACAACCAGAGAGCAACAUUCAGUUUGAUCUGUCCUUAAAGUCAAGAGACCCAUCUUGGGGUGUACGAGAUAUAAGAGACCUUAGUGCACUUGCAGAGAAGAAUGGUAUAGCUCUGGUCAAAAAGAUUGACAUGCCUUCUAACAACAAGACGUUGAUUUGGAAGAAAAGCUAGUUGACCCUGAGAAGAGUACAAAUGGUGGUGCUUUCUCAGAUAUCUUUCAGACUGAAAAGCUGUGAUAAAGCAGAAUUAUGUUUCUUUUACUUAACCAUUAACCAGAUACUGACCUUAAUGCAUGAAAAUAUUAAAGGUACUCUUUUGAUAAAUACAUUCGACUUUGUACCGAAAUCAGGGCCCGUAUUCACCAACCCAUUCUUAGACUUAACAAUAAAAAAAAGACUUGAUACAAAGAAAAAUGCGUUCAGUGGUUAAUAUAUACAGGGCUCCACUGGUGAUUGUGUCAUUUACCAAAUGUUCUACAGAAUGAUAUUGAUAGAGGUGUUUAAUGCUAAGUAUGAAUCAAAAUUCAAGCAAUUCUUUAAUGUAUCAAUUUAAAACACAUUCUUCAUUAUACCCCCAGUAGGGUGGCAUAUAGCAUUUGAACUGUCUGUCCGUCCAUCCGUCUGAAAGCUUUAACAUUGGCCAUAAAUUUUGCAAUAUUGAAGAUAGCAACUUGAUAUUUGGCAUGCAUGUGUAUCUCAUGGAGCUGCACAUUUUGAGUGGUGAAAGGUCAAGGUUAUCCUUCAAGUUCAAAAGUCAAAAAAACAAAUCCAAAGGAAGUAACAAGCUUUAAAGGGAGAUAUUUUCUAUUUAUCAUUUGGCAGGUACAGAUCAUUUUUACAAGGGAAGUAAUAUUUUUCAAAAACAAAAAUAAAUCAAAGCGGCGCAGUAGGGGGCAUUGUGUUUCUGACAAACACAUAUCUUGUUUUUAGACUUAGUCUAAGAAUUGUUUGGUGAAUAUGGGCCCAGGUUUAAUAUUCUCUGUUAAUUUUAUCUUGUGAAACACUUGCAAACGCAAAACAGAGGUGAAUAUAGGACACAAUUCAGGAUAACAUUUGUGUUUAUAGAGUUCACAAGUAUCAGAUUAAUUUUGGUGAGAUAUACACAAUGUGUAUAAAGUUUGAAUUAGAAAAUGAACUUUGUGUAUUUAUUACUUUUAUUUAAUUGUAAUGCUAUUAAUAGUUGUAAUGCUUGUUAAGUCUGGAUAAAGUUGUUUUGUGUUUUGAGUACAUUGAUUCCAUUCUGUUUAUUUUUAUCUCACCUGAGCAUGAAGGGAACUAGUGUGGUCAGUCUGCGCUUGAUGUCGUACUAUUUUUAGCUCACCUGAGCACAACAUGCUCAUGGUGAGCUUUUGUCCGUCGUCCGUCGUCAACAUUUUGCCUUGUGAACACUCUAGAGGCCACAUUUAUUGUCUGAUCUUCAUGAAACUUGGUCAAAACAUUGGUUUCAUUGAUAUCUCGGAUGAGUUCGAAUAUGGUCCAGAUUGGUGAAAAAACAUGGCCACCAGGGGGCGGGGCAGUUUUCCUUAUAUGGCUAUAGUAAAACCUUGUUAUCACUCUAGAGACCACAUUUAUUGUCCGAUCUUCAUGAAACUUGGUCAGAAGAUUCAUCCCAAUAAUAUCUUGGACCAGUUCAAAAAUGAUGCCGGUUGGUUGAAAAACAUGGCCGCCAGGGGGUGGAGCAUUUUUCCUAAUAUGGCUAUAGUAAAACCUUGUUAACACUCUAGAGGCCACAUUUAUUUUCCGAUCUUCAUGAAACUUGGUCAGAAGAUUUGUCCUAAUGAUAUCUUGGAUGAGUUCAAAAAUGGUUUUGGUUGCUUAAAAAACAUGGCCACCUGGGGGCGGGGCAUUUUUCCUUAUAUGGCUAUAUAUCAUGCUUUAGUAAAACCUUGUUAACACUCUAGAGGCCACAUUUAUUGUCUGAUCAUCAUGAAUCUUGGUCAGAUGAUUUGUCCCAAUGAUAUCUUGGAUGAGUUUGCAAAUGGUUCCGGUUGGUGGAAAAAAAUGGCUGCCAAGGGGACGUGGCAUUUUUCCUUAUAUAGCUAUAGUUUAACCUUGUUACCUGUCUAGAAGCCAUAUUUAUUGUACGCUCAUCAUGAAACUUUGUCAGAAGAUUUGUCCCAAUGAUAUAUUAGACAAGUUCGAAAAUGGUUCCAGUUGCUUGAAAAACAUGGCCACCAGUGGGCGGGGCAUUUUUCCUUAUAUGGACUUAUGAAUCUUCAUGAAACUUUGUCAGUAUAUUUGUUUAAAUGAUAUAUUGGAUGUGUAUGAAAAUGGUUCUGGUCUGUUGAAAAACGUGGCUGCCAGGGUGUUCACUAGUCAUGAAAGUUGUUAAGAAUAUUUUGUUCUAAUGACAUCUUGGGCUGCACAGAACAGGUCAGUUCCUCUGAAUCUCAGGUGAGCGACUUUGGGCCUUUCAGGCCCUCUUUAUAGAUCAAAAUAUAUUUAACCAUGUCAACAUAGCCACUUUCGAUUUAAGUCAUGAUUAAAAAUGGAGAAAACAAUCAUUUGUGAUACAUAUUUGAAUUAUUGUCAAAGUAAAUUGAUCAUGUGUUAUUUCGAUGAAGUUUACUUAAUUAAUGAACUAAUGCAAUUAUAUGGGAACAUGUAUACCAAUUGGUUCCAUGAGUUUUUGCGAUAAGCCUUACCUUUAUAACAUUGAUAACAUUGUAAAUGUACCUGUAUGUGCUACAAAAUCAUAUUUGUGAAAGUUUUUUAUCACAGAAAAAAAAUGGGUAUGAAUUUGGCAUUUUCAUCAGUUAAUAUUAUGUGCAAAACAAAACGAUUUGACAAUCUAAAAUCAUUUUCUAAUCAUUUUUAAAUUGUUUUAGAAAAUACAUCUUGGUAUUAAAUUUGUUCCUUGUUGUUUCUUACUUUAUUAGAUAAAAACAAUAGCGAUA